CCGUUGGUGAUUUGAUUAUUAUUGGAAUUAACAAGUUUUAUCAACAACGAAGUGUCUACGGGGGAACAAUGCCCUGGAUAAAUGUUGGAAUGAUGAGAUGAUCACUCAGUUGGCGGUGAUGGCCGCUGGUGGUGGUAUAGGUGGGGGCGGAAGUGGCAGUAAUACCGGUGGUGGUGGUGUCAGUCGUGCGGGCGGUCUUACUCUUCACAGAUCAAAUUCCAGCCUGGAAUUGCCGCACAGUCCAGAGCGUACAGGCCGAGCAGUUGAUGCCCAACCACUAAGACGCGAAUAUGGUUCCCACGGUAGCAUCGACGUUGUCAGUGGCCAGUGUAAUUCAGCAAGUGGUGGAGACAAUUUAUUCGCAAUGCUGCAGGACUUCAGAAGUGGACGUACAUCAGCAGAUCGUCUGUACCAUCAUCACACGGAUAAUUCACCAGGAAUUGUCUCCACUGACGAAGUGUGUGGCCCCACGUCUUCAUCAAGUCCAAAAUUACGUCUAAAGCUCAAUCGACUCUGGGGUGGAAAAGAAACAGGAUCCAGUGGAAUGUCAUCGAUAUCAACACCCACCAGUACCCCAUCGUCUGUCGUUCCGGGUGAUUUGGAGGAGCGUCAUCGACGAAGGGCUUUUCUCCACUACGACUGCCAGUCACUCACAGCGAAUUUAGGAUAUGCUGCUAAACUCCGGGGCAUUUUACUCGCCAGGAGAAGAAAUACAGCCACUGGUGCAUCAGCAGCGAGUACGAUACGUGCGCCAACUCCAGAUGAGACUCCAGACAGUAAUUCCAAUCCAGGUGGAGAGACUCAAGAGGACUCUGGUGAUGGCAAGAGCAAUGACCUUCUGGAGUCUUGUCCAUUCUUCAGGAAUGAAAUCGGUGGAGAGGGUGAGAGAGAAGUGGCUCUUGGACGGUCUCCAAUGUCAACACCAGGUGCUCACAGGCCCUCACUAUCCUAUGGUGUCUCUGUUCUGGAGCCACCACCAGGGGAGACUCUCUGGAAACACACGUGUCCUCUGAGAAAACGUCUCCUACCAAUAGAGAGUAUCGACGAGGGUGCUCGUUACUACCGAAAGUAUUUUCUGGGUAAAGAUCAUCAGAAUUGGUUUGGAAUGGACGAUCAGUUGGGUCCAGUGGCAAUCAGUAUUCGUAGGGAUGGUAAUCAUUACAGAAUAAUUGUUCGAACCUCUGAACUCUUGACACUGCGUGGAUCGAUACCAGAGGAAGCCCUUUGUCUACGUAAUAAUCAGACAAGUAGAAUACCUACACGUGAGAUAAUGGAGCUCGUUGCACCGGAAGUUCAACUGGGGUGUCUCAAGUUGGGUACGCAGCCAGCUGAGGAAGCCCUAGCAAGGCUCGAUGAACAAGGGCUCUCGAAUCGUUACAAAGUUGGUGUGCUCUAUUGCAGAUCUGGACAGAGAACUGAAGAGGAAAUGUACAAUAAUCAGCACUCAGGGCCUGCAUUCCUUGAAUUUCUGGAGACAAUUGGCCAGAGAGUGAGACUGAGGGGUUUUGAGGGGUACAAAGCUGGACUGGACACCAGAACAGACUCAACAGGAACUCACACUGUUGCUUCAACACAUCGUGGAGCUCAAGUGACACUUCACGUUGCCACGAUGCUUCCAUUCACUCCCAAUAAUAGACAACAAUUAUUACGAAAACGCCACAUCGGUAAUGAUAUUGUAACAAUAGUCUUCCAAGAACCCGGUGCUCUACCCUUCAGUCCAAAACGCAUAAGAUCUCAAUUUCAACAUGUCUUCAUCAUCGUUCGUGCUAUUAAUCCAUGCACUGAUAAUACUCAAUACAGCGUUGCUGUAUCGCGCAGCAAGGAGGUACCGAUUUUCGGACCACCAGUUGCCAAGGGGGGAAUAUUCAACAAAGGCAAAUCAUUUGCCGAUUUUAUUCUUGCCAAAGUAAUAAAUGCUGAGAACGCUGCACAUCGCUCUGAAAAAUUUUCAACAAUGGCAACAAGAACGCGACAGGAGUACCUCAAAGAUUUAGCUGUUAAUUACUCAACCACAACGAUUAUCGAUACUGGACAAAAAUUCUCGAUAAUGUCAUUUAGCAGUAAGAAAAAAGCAACAGUAAGACCGAGAUUGGCUUGUGAUGCUGCACAGAGGGGUGCCAUUUGUUGGCAAGUUAUAUUGGAGGAGAGUACACAGAAUACAGAUUGCUACCUUGGAAUUAGUGUUGAUACUAUCGUUCUUAUUGAGGAGCACUCGAGGCAAACUGUUUAUGUAUCACCGUGCGUCAGUAUUCUAGGCUGGCAUGCGCAGACUAAUAGCUUGAGGCUUUAUUAUCACCAGGGUGAGUGCAUCAGUAUCCAUGUGAGACCUGAUUACACGGAGAGAGACGAGAUAAUGGAGAUUGUCGCUAGACUUCGAGCUGUUACACAAGGAUCACCAGCAUCUGAGCUGUCACUGAGGAGAAAUAGCCUGGGACAAUUGGGAUUUCAUGUUCAGCCUGAUGGUGUUGUUACCCAGGUGGAGAGUAUGGGACAGUCUUGGCAGGCCGGUCUCAGACAGGGAUCGCGACUCGUUGAAAUUUGUAAAGUCGCCGUUUCUACUCUCAGUCACGAUCAAAUGGUUGAUCUUUUGAAAACGAGUGCACAAGUCACUGUCACUGUCAUACCACCGACUAAUGAUGGACAACCGCGGAGGGGCUGCUCUCUUCAGAGUUGUGAAUAUUUGUCUGGUAAUUAUGAGAGUGAUUAUGAGAAUGUGACGAAUACUGAGAGUACAUCGAGCCAGCAGAGUGCACAGCAGGCACAGCAGUAUCAGAAGAAUCAUGAGAGAUCGAUGAGUCCACCGAGAUCUAGCAAUUCGUCGGGAUAUGGCACUGGCUCGAGCUCGAGAUCAUUCACAGAUCCCAGAUUUACUCAGGAUAACACUGGGGUGCACGAUGAACGGUGGUACGACGGAUUAUUGGAAACACAUGAGAAAGAACUGAAUAAUCUCAAGUCCGAUGGCACUCCACCUCCACCACUUCCAGCUAGGCAGGGGCAAAAAAAUUGUAAAGAUCCGAAGCAUCAGUAUCAUGAGUAUUAUUCUAAAGAAUCUGAUUAUGUGUCACCGAGGGUUCUGCAUGAGAGUAAUUACCAGAGAAUUGACGAGAUGAAUAGGAAUAAUUGGGGCCAAUCUUAUGGUCACACACAUCAUGUUCAUCAGAAACUCACAGCCUCUGCUUCACUUCCAUUAUCGCAGAAUUCUGGGUAUAGUGUUGCCAAAACAAUAAAUCAAUUUGAAGCAGCUGAGCAUAAUAAUAUUCAUGAGAGUGAAGUGUCUAGGGUGCAUAUGAGGGGCAAGAAGGAAGAUCAUGGGGCCAAUGGGAAAACAAUGGCAGAGAGACGAGUAAGUUCUUACGAAUUUGUUCAGGAUCCUGAGAGCUCUGAGGGCAAUCAAGCCAAACAGCAAAAUCAAAUGAUUUACUGUAAUCGUGAGGAUUGUAAUGAAUCAAACAGGGAUAAUCAUGAAUUUAUCAUUGGUGACAAAGUUACUUGCUUGAAGAGUGGAUUACCAGAGAGAGUUCUCAAUCGUAAACUCAAUCAUGCUGAGUAUUCGAGGAAGGAUUAUGUUACUUCGAGUUUACCACCGGAGGUAAAGAUUUUUGAAGGUAAUGGUGCUGAUAUUUCCACAUGUGUUCUUCCAAGUGAGGAUGAAUUUGCUAACGCAUGUGAAAAUCACUCGCCAGGACUGAGGAGAUCGAAUAAACAGAGAUCUGGGGCUGGAAAUCCGAGCCCUAGGAAUCAGAGUCCCAGGCCAAAAUCACUGGUGAGAACUCCACACAGAAAUUCCGCUAAUUUUGCGUCGAGCACUCUCCAGGAAGAUUUGAUGAAACUUAUUAAUCCAGAUUAUAUUGGCGAUGAUAAUUCUCAAGUGAAAAAUAAUAAUGUUAAUGUCAAGGAGAAUGGAACGAGUUGUAAUAAUAAUGAGCCUGGUAUUAACAAUAUUGAUAAGGUCAUGGAGAAUCGAGAGAAUAAAAAUGAGAGUUGUAACAAAUUGGAGAUACAGAAUAGGUGUAGAUCGAGGGAAAAUCUGUGUGGCACAAGUGCUACGACGUUGAGUGUCUUAUCUACAUCAAAUCGUCAAGAAAAUUCAGGUGGCUCAGAAGUUAUUUUAACAAUGGCGAGGCCAGCUACUGUUAUUUCUAAUACAAGUACAAAUUCAAGUCCAGCUCCCAGUGAGAAUAAAUUAUCAAAGGAGGAGAGAUUGUCACCGAGGGUUACUAAGACUCUGUUUCCGUUGAAAGUGUCUAAUCUUGCUGGCACUGCGCCGGAUAAUGGUGAUGACAAUCAGUCCCAUUGUAAUGAGGAGAGUGUUUAUGAGAGUAGAACUUGUGUCACGGAUUUACAGAGUCAUUUGACUAAUCUUGAACUCAGGGUUGCGAGGGAAACGAGGAGGAGAUUAUCGCUCGAGGAGGAAGUCAGGAAAUUGAGAGAUGAGAAUAGACGACUGCAAGACGAGAAUCAUGCAGCUGCCCAGCAGUUGAGGAGAUUUACUGAGUGGUUCUUCCAGACUAUCGAUCAUCAAUAAUAUCUUUGUUUUUUUUUGUUGUACUUUCAUUAAUUGUAUACUUAGAGUAAACAUUUUCAUUUUUACGUUGUAAUUGAAUCAAUCACGGAAAUUUCAAUUGUGGAGUCAAGAAUAUUUCAAUGGUAUUCUCUGAUCGAGAGGAAUAAUUUCAGUUUCAUUUUCAUCUCCAUUUUUUUUUUAUUAAUUAUUAUUA